UUUCUCUCCAAUAUUUUAAUCAAACAUUUUACUGACAUCACUCCUCCAUCAGAGCCCAGUCCUCUAUCAGAGCCCAGUCCUCCAUCAGAGCCCAGUCCUCUAUCAGAGCCCAGUCCUCUAUCAGAUCCCAGUCCUCCAUCAGAGCCCAGACCCCUAUCAGAUCCCAGUCCUCCAUCAGAGCCCAGUCCUCCAUCAGAUCCCAGUCCUAUAUCAGAUCCCAGUCCUCUAUCAGAGCCCAGUCCUCUAUCAGAUCCCAGUCCUCUAUCAGAUCCCAAUCCUAUAUCAGAUCCCAGUCCUCCAUCAGAUCCCAGUCUUCCAUCAGAGCCCAGUCCUCUAUCAGAUCCCAGUCCUCUAUCAGAUCCCAAUCCUAUAUCAGAUCCCAGUCCUCCAUCAGAUCCCAGUCCUCUAUCAGAGCCCAGACCUCCGUCAGAUCCCAGUCCUCCGUCAGAGCCCAGUCCUCUAUCAGAUCCCAGUCCUCCGUCAGAGCCCAGUCCUCCAUCAGAUCCCAGUCCUCUAUCAGAGCCCAGUCCUCUGUCAGAGCCCAGUCCUCCAUCAGAUCCCAGUCCUCCAUCAGAGCCCAGUCCUCCAUCAGAUCCCAAUCCUCUAUCAGAUCCCAGUCCUCCAUCAGAGCCCAGUCCUCAAUCAGAUCCCAGUCCUAUAUCAGAUCCCAGUCCUCCAUCAGAUCCCAGUCCUCCAUCAGAGCCCAGUCCUCCAUCAGAUCCCAGUCCUAUAUCAGAUCCCAGUCCUCCAUCAGAUCCCAGUCCUCUAUCAGAGCCCAGGCCUCCAUCAGAUCCCAAUCCUAUAUCAGAUCCCAGUCCUCCAUCAGAUCCCAGUCCUCCAUCAGAGCCCAGUCCUCCAUCAGAUCCCAGUCCUAUAUCAGAUCCCAGUCCUCCAUCAGAGCCCAGUCCUCUAUCAGAUCCCAGUCCUCUAUCAGAGCCCAGUCCUCUAUCAGAUCCCAGUCCUCCAUCAGAUCCCAGUCCUCCAUCAGAGCCCAGUCCUCCAUCAGAUCCCAGUCCUAUAUCAGAUCCCAGUCCUCCAUCAGAGCCCAGUCCUCUAUCAGAUCCCAGUCCUCUAUCAGAGCCCAGUCCUCCAUCAGAUCCCAGUCCUCCAUCAGAGCCCAGUCCUCUAUCAGAUCCCAGUCCUCUAUCAGAUCCCAGUCCUCUAUCAGAGGAAGAAAGUCACAAGGGACCAUGGUGGGAUGGCUACUGUGGUCUGAUCUACCAGCAGACCAGAAUCCUGUGGUCUACUGCAGUGAGGGACACCAGUCAGGAGGGUCAGGAUGAGGAGACAGGGACUGGAUGUUCACAAGACCACCCAGCUCCAACUUAG